AUGUCGUUGCCGGUCGAUAUCUUGCUAGAAAUUCUUUACAGGCUGCCAGUUGCAUCUCUUGUUCGAUUUAGGUGUGUUUGUAAAACAUGGUAUCAUAUCAUGGCCACUCCUUGGUUCGCUAAAUCUCAUCUCGCAUGUCAACAAGCUUCCUCAUCCUCAAAUAAGUAUAUCCUAUAUCAUGAUGACAAUUUGUGCACUUUAUUCACCAAUAGUGACCCCCUCUUUGAUAGUACUAAACAUUCUAAACUAUUCUACACGCCUGAAUUAUUCGGGAUUGAUUUCACUUGUAACAACCGGGAUUUAGAGAUUUACGGAGCUUGUCAUGGGCUAGUAUGUGUGUCGCGUGCGUGCUAUCAUAUUGGCAAUAACAUACAUCUGUGGAAUCCGAUUUGCAGAAAAGUCAAAAAGCUUCCGCAAAUCGAAACCCCAAUCAAGGAUGAGUUCGGUCUUGAAAUCCCAAUCAAGGAUGAGUUCGGUCAUGAACCGUCUGCUGGAAUGACCUUCGGAUAUUACUGUGACGACUAUAAGGUGAUAGUCAUUGUUUAUGUUAAAAGUACCUUCAUUGUUUUUGUUUACAGCUUGAGUACUAAUAGCUGGAACACCAUUCAAACAAUAAAUUUCUAUAUUGACAUAAAAUCUAUUGAUUAUUUUGUCUGCACUACCAAGUUUGUAGAUGGCACUGCAUAUAUGUUGACAUCCAUCGAACUAGUCGUUUGUUAUGAAUUGAACAAUAAGACCUUCCGAGUGAUCAAGCUUCCUGAAGAUAAUGAUAUUGCUACUAUGGAAGCAUAUGGAGAAACUAUAGCUCUCCUGGAAACAGACCAGAAUUAUCUAACCAUGUGGAUAUUAAGAGACAAGUCGUCCUCGUCGCCCUGGGAAAGGAAGUUCAGCAUUGCAGUGCCUGAAGUUAGUAGCCUUCGAGUUACUACUAGCUUUCAGGCUGUCGGAUUCUUGCCUAAUGGUAAAUAUUUGUUGAGGAAUUUUGAAUUGGAAGGGGAUUCAUGUGUAACCAAGUUGUCUUUGUGUGACACGGAGAUUCCAAAUUUAACAGAAUUUAGAUCAUUUACAGAAUUAAGAUCUCGUUUUAGACUUCCACCAAAAUAUCCAACCCUGCAUGGCCGCAUAGACUCUAACUUCGUGGAAAGCCUUCUUCUAUUUAAUGAAGAUAACCUGCAUCCUUUUUCUCUGACGGAGAUGGAUUCUACCUGCAGUUCUACCUUGUUUACGUUGCAGUGGAGCCCAACCCAAUAA